GUUGGCUACCUUCCAAGUCUCUCUGUAGGGAGCUGUCUAGUGUUUAGCUUCCCACAUAUUUUCAGCUCCCCACAUUUCUCUCUCUCCCUCCCCCCUUUGCCCUGUUCACUUUGCAAAGCUCCGGGUGCUGUCAGUUGCAUCAGGAAAUGGUUGUGGGAGGAAAUAGCUUGCAGAGCUUUGUGGGGAACCAGAGUCACAGGAGUACCGAGAAGGGGCCCAAUCAUAGAUGCAGCUCUGUGUUUCUCAUUAUUCAGAUGUGAAGUCAAGGGCGCAGUAGCAACCAGCUUGGGAUAAGGGUGCUGUUCUCGGACAGAAGGAUGUCGGACCUCACUCUUUCCGAAGAGCUCCCUGAUGUGAGCCAAGCUGCGGCUGAAUUGCCAGAUGCCUUUGAUUUAUCCCUGAACGAUGAUGCCAGCUCUCUGGGCUCUGACUCCGAGCUGAAUGGGAUGCCUCCAUAUCGCCAAGCUGAUCGCUAUGGCUUCAUCGGGGGCAGUAGCCUCCAGAAUGGCCUAGGGCAGCUCACAGUUGAGCUCAUCCGGCACCGUGAGACCAAGUGGCUGGAGAUGACAAAUCAUUGGGAGAAAACCAUGGCCCGGCGUUACAGGAAGGUAAAGCUGCUAUGCCGGAAGGGGAUCCCUUCAUCUUUACGUGUCCGCUGUUGGCCUCUGCUGUGUGGAGGACAAGCCAAAAUGACGAGGAACCCCGGAAAGUACCAGGAGCUGCAGGAGAUUCCUGGUGAUCCUCAAUGGGUGGAGACCAUCACAAAGGACAUUCAUCGUCAGUUCCCUUUCCAUGAGAUGUUUCUGUCCCCUGAAGGGCCUGGGCAGCAAGGGCUCCUGCAACUGCUGAAGGCCUACACUGUGUAUCGGCCCCAGGUGGGUUACUGUCAGGCCCAGGGACCACUGGGUGCUCUGCUGCUCAUGCACAUGCCUCCAGAGCAAGCCUUCUGGUGCCUGGUGCAGAUCUGCGACUGCUACCUGCCUGGCUACUACAGCCCCAAGAUGGAAGCGCUGUUGCUGGACAGCGAAGUGUUUGUUGCCCUUCUGCGCCGGGUGUGCCCCAAGGCGCUUAAGCACUUGCAGAAGCAUGGCGUGGGCCCUCUGCUCUACAUGCCAGAGUGGUUUCUGUGCCUCUUUACCCGCACCCUGCCCUUUCCCACAGUGCUGAGGGUGUGGGAUGCCUUUCUCAGUGAGGGGAUCAAGGUGCUGUUUCGUGUGGGGAUGCUCUUAAUCCGCUUGGCCCUGGGCUCCUCAGAGAAACUACGUGACUGCACAGGGGUGGUGGAGACCCUGGAGAAGCUGCGCAGUAUCCCACCUCACCUCCUGCAAGAAGACACGUUCAUGGCUGAGGUACAUGACGUCCCCAUCUCAGACCAUGAUCUGGAACGUGAAUGCAGAGCCCAACUGAAGAAGCUGCGCGCAUCUCGGCCUGACUUCCAGUACAGCCCAGAACUCCGGCUGUCUGGCUCAAAGGCCAUCUUUGAUGCACAGCAGCUGGAGUACACGCAGAACGACAAGGAGGAUCCUGGAAGCCGCACCCAUACAUUUACCAUCCCCCAGAUCACGGUUGAUCCUCCCCCUUCAUCCCCCAAUGAGAAGAAGAAGCUGGAGAAGGCCUCUGAAGCACCAGACCAGAAAAAAAGGAAGGCGAGAAAGAAGCCGGACACACGAGGGAAGACCUUUCACUUCACGUCACAGUCCACCAGCAGAACAGAGGGAAGGCUGGAGCCAGAUGUUGUAGGAAGGAAGUCUUCCUUCUAUGUAGAUACAUGAUUCUGAACGUGGGUCUGAAGAGGUUCUGAACAGAGCUAGGCCUCUGCAGAGGAAACAAAAUUCAAGCCUCUAUCACUGCCCUGGUUUCAUUGUGCAUGUGAUCAUCUGUAGCACAUGAUGCCUUGAAGCCUGUGCUCAGUUUUUAAAAAGAAAAAGAAAAAAGAGAUGGUGGAGACUCAACACUUCCUCAUUCAGGAGCCCUGCUCCUUAAGCCCUGAUGUGUGGCAGUGCAUGAAUGAUUGCAGGGAGGGAGAUUUCAUCCUUCCUAUUCUUGGUGGCAGACGUUUUACCUACAGAUUUAGGAGGUGGGUAUUAUUUGGCUAAAAGGGGUAGGGGUUAGGGUUAGGGUAAUGUGGAUUUCAUUGAGGGGGGGCACUCUACCUUUCUCCUAAUAAUUAAAGGACUGGAUGUGUGGAAACUGGCACUCACCAUAUAGCUCAUAUAGCUAAUGAUAAAUCUAUGCCAGGUGAGACAAUGGCAUCUCAUCAGUUCAAUACCUCAAAAUGAUUGCAAAGCCACCGUGUGACAAGAGGGUGUCAAAAGUCAAUGGAAAACAGCAGCUGGGAAAACCAGGGCUGCUGGAAACAAGAGCUAGGAAUGCCAGCUAUGGAAAUGAUUUGGGACAAUCAUCAUCUGCAUUCUCAGGAACUGAGUUAGCAAAUGGUGUUACUAUCAGAGAAAAGGCCUGGUGUGCAAAUGCAUAUACACACACAUGUGUCAUUCAGACGCAUGCAGCCAGGUGGCCCCUGUUGCCAGUCAAGGGAAGAAGAGGAAGGUGGCAGUAUUAUAACUAAAAUAACACACAAUAUGUUCCCCCCAAACUUUAGUUUCUCAUACUAAUAAGAUACACAUCACUGCACACAAGGAUUUCCCCACUCAAGCAGCAGGCAUAAGAGCUAGUGGGGAGGGGAGGUUCUGGAAAACAGUGUCAAGUUUUAUCAAGGUUGACUCACAUCCAGAAUGUAGCUUUAAUAGAGUAUCUUAUUUUGUUUUU